GCUUUCCCUUGUAAGUAUCAACCUUUCCUUUGCUUAGAAUUCAGCUGCUUCUUUUCAUCUCAUUUGAUUAUUUAUAUUAGUAAGAAAAAAAAAUGUCGGUUUUGUAUCUUUCUGUGCAAAUAUCCGCGUAAAGCUUAGAAUCUCUGCUAAAUUCAAGUAUCAGUUAAUGUGUUCAAAUAGGCCAUGGAUGGUUCUUGUUGCUUUCGACUUUAUGUUUGAACUUCUCGUUUGCUUAAAUGUGGUGUCUUCAUUGCAUUAACAUCUUGCUAUCUGUUUUCUCCAUUCUCCCUUUCUGGAUUUGGAUCUUCAUACACUUGUUUGUGAUUUGUCUAUUGCUUUGAGCAUUUCUACUUUCCCCUUUUCAUCAUAUAGAUUAUUCCUCCACUUUAUUCUUGAGAAUUUUCUUUUCCUGAAAUGAGCUUGUCAAAGAUCAGAUUUUUGAAGCUUUGGUUUUGAAAACAGAUUCUGCCUUUUGGAUUUCUCAGUUUUCUUAACAUUGAUCUCUUGUCUCAUUGGGACUGUGGUUGUUCUCAAAUUUCUUGGUAAAUCAGUGGUGCUCAAUUAAACUUUUAUCUUGGAAAAUCAUCAACUUAUCAUUCCCAUUUGGUUUUUUACUCUGAGAAUUACUUUGGUGACAAAGUUUCUGGAAAUCUGAAAUCAUUGCGAGUGAGAAGCAAUCAGAGAAGUGAAUGUAAUAUCAUGAAUUCUUUAACAGGAACCAAAAGUUCUUGGCAGCCAAUCAUGACUGCAGAUACAACGGCCUCGGGUUACUGGCUGAACUGGAGGGUGUUGCUUUGUUCCAUAUGGGUCAUGAUCUCCCUGACUCUUUCAGUACUUCUCAUUUGGAGAUUUGAAGGGCUUCGAAAUUCGAGGCGUAAUAAUAAUAAUAAUAAUAGCAGAGUAACUCAGCAAGAAGAAGAAACCAUUGGAACUUUGUAUGAAGAUGAAACUUGGAGACCAUGCCUCAAAGGAAUCCACCCAGCUUGGCUUCUGGCUUUUAGACUUGUUGCUUUCUUUGUGCUUUUGGUUCUGCUCAUCAUCACAGCUUGUGUUGAUGGAGGUACCAUCUUUUAUUUCUAUACACAGUGGACGUUCACAUUGAUUACUAUUUAUUUUGGCCUUGGAUCAUUGCUCUCCAUUCGAGGUUGCUACCGAUACCAUAAGAAAACUUCUGGUGAAAGGGUUGAUAAUGUAGAGGUAGAUUCAGAACAGGGAACCAUAGAAAAAUCCGUAGGCCCUCAUGUUGAAGAGCAACAUCAACCACGCCAUCCUGCAGGCAUUUUGGGUUAUGUUUUCCAAAUAAUUUUCCAGAUGAAUGCAGGAGCUGUUAUCCUCACAGACUGUGUCUUUUGGUUUAUAAUUGUUCCAUUUCUUACAAUCAAAGAUUACAACCUGAACUUUCUGAUUAUAAAUAUGCACACAAUCAAUGCCGUCUUCUUGCUUGGUGAAACUGCUUUGAAUUGCUUGCCAUUUCCUUGGUUCAGAAUAGGAUAUUUCUACCUGUGGACAAUCACUUACGUAGUAUUUCAGUGGAUCUGUCAUGCUUGUGUCAAAUUUUGGUGGCCGUAUCCAUUUCUAGACUUGUCAUCUCCAUAUGCUCCAUUAUGGUACUUUUCGGUCGGUCUACUGCACUUCCCAUGCUAUGGCAUCUUCGCUCUGAUAAUGAAGUUGAAACACCAUCUCUUAUCGACAAGGUGCCCCGACUCUCAUCAAUGUGGGAGGUAACUUGGACUACACAGUACCUGAAGCACCACAGAAAAAGUACAGCACCAAGAAAAUAUUGUUCUAGCUUGUAGGAGACUAGGAAAGCAUGCACAGGGCAGUACGUUGAAGAUUCAAAGAUAUUGUUCCGUAGUUUAGUUUUGGAUGAUGCUCUGUACGUAGUAGUCAUACGAAGAUGUACGUAAAAGCAGUUUCUUUUUUCUUUUGACAAAAUGAGAUUACUGAUGUACUCAUAUUAUUCUAAAUUUCUAUGUCUAAUUUCCUUCCUAUGGA